AUGGCGCUUUGGAAAUCAGAACAUCCAGAUCUUGACAUCCCAACAAACGUAACAACCUGGCAAUGGGCCUUCGAAAGUCGAGAACACUCGCCCGUGAUAUACGCCCCCAAGGAUCAUGGACAUUACGAGAAUGCGGUGUCGAAGGAACGAUUGUCGUACGCUGAGGUCAAGGAGAAGGCGACUUCGAUCGGCACGGCGCUUGUUCGCGAGCAUGGAUUCGAGGUUGGCGAUACGGUGUCGUUGUUUGCGUCGAAUACGAUUUGGUAUCCCUUGGCGUUGUGGGCUACUGUGAGGGUUGGUGGACGCAUCAACGGCGCAUCACCCGCAUACAACACGAACGAGAUGAGCUACGCCUUGAAAGUAGCCAAGACGAAGUUCCUUUUCACCCUCCCCGGCUCCCUCGACGUCGCCACAGCAGCCGCUCAAAACGUGGGCAUACCAAAAUCCAACAUCUUCCUCCUCGAAGGCCACGCCCCAGGCCUUCUGACCAUCCACGACCUCAUCGCCCUCGGCACCCAACACCCCCCAGUCCCCUCCUACACCAUCCCCCCGAACACGACCAACAAACAAAUCUGCGGCUACCUCAACUUCUCCUCCGGCACCACCGGCCUCCCCAAAGCAGUCAUGCUCUCCCACCACAACAUCAUCGCCCAAUGCCACCAACUGCGCCAAAUCCAACUCCUCGAACCGGGCGAGCCCUACAGCAUCCUCGCCGUAACCCCCCUCUUCCACAUCACCGGCCUAGUGCGCUACAUCCACUACCCGAUCUUCAUGAACGGCUCCUCCAUCCUACUCCCCUCCUUCACCAUGCCCUCCAUGCUGGACGCAAUCCUCACCUACAAAAUCCGCGAACUCAUCCUCGUCCCGCCCAUCCUCAUCCGCAUCGUCCGCGACCCCAUCGUCGACACCUACCUCCCCGCCCUGCGCCGCGUCGUAAAACGCUGGUCCUCCGGCUCCGCCCCCACGUCCCCGGAAAUCAUCCACCUCCUUCACGCGAAAUUUCCUGACACGGGCUUCCGCCAGGGGUAUGGCGCGACGGAGAGCACGGCGUGUAUUUCGGCGCAUCCGCCGGAUUGUUAUGAUUAUCGGCAUGCGCAUACGGCGGGGAAAUUGGUGGCGAAUACGGAGGGGAAGGUGGUGGAUUUGGAGGGGACGGGGAGGGUGUUGGGGGUGGGCGAGACAGGGGAGAUUUUGGCGAGGGGGCCGCAGAUUGCGAUGGGGUAUUUGGGGAAUGAGGGGGCGACGAGGGAGACGUUUGAUGAGGACGGCUUCUUCCACACCGGCGACGUGGGCCACUUCGACUCCCAAGGACUCAUCCACAUCUCUGACCGCAUCAAAGAGAUGAUCAAAGUCCGCGGACAACAAGUCGCCCCAGCCGAACUCGAAGAUGUCCUCCUGUCGCACCCUCUCGUGGAAGACUGCGCCGUGUUAGGGAUUCCCGAUGAUUAUUCCGGCGAGGUGCCUAAAGGGUUCGUAGUUUUGAAAGAGGGUGUCAAGCCGAGUAGGCCGGUGGGGUUAGAGUUGUUGGGUUUUGUGGAGGGGAGGAAGGUAAGGUAUAAGAGGGUGAGGGAGGUGGAGUUUGUAGGGAGUGUUCCUAAGAGUCCGACGGGGAAGCUUUUGAGGAGGGUUUUGAAGGAGAGGGAGAGAGAUGCCGGGAGGGUUAGGGGGGUCGUUGUUCGGGAAGAGGGUGGUACGGUGAGGUCGAAGUUGUAG